UUGCUUAACCGAGUUCCCUAACGUUCUACUUAUGCCACCUUUGACGUUCAACCAACACUACUGGCAUUAUGUUGCUUUGCAAGGCUUUCUGCCGCCUUCGAGCGUCCUCCCGACAGAAACAAUGCCUUUGUAUAUUAAUCCCUACCCAGUUAUAGGACUCAUUAUGCCUGGGCAUAAUUACUUUGACCAUCUUCUUUCAACGCGUCCUUUGAAAUAGGACAGCUGACAAGGCUUACAGCGGCCGCAAUUUAUCGUUUGGAAUUCUUCUGUUGUUCCUACACCACUGGUGGAUUGUGGCUUCAGCGGAGCCAUGUUAGCACAGUCUUCUGGGGGCUCAUCCUAUGCUGGAAGUGUCGCGUCGUCUAAGUCUUCCUCUUCUCGCCGUGCGAAAGCGGAUAAGGAGCACGACAGCGGAUCUGGGGGAGAAGACCUGUGGGAUAAGCACUCAACAUUCGAGAAUGGCAUCUUUGGUGUCCUCUUCACGCUAAGUAAGGAGAACAGCGAGACCCGCAUUCGCAUCCGCUGGGUGCUGUUGAAGGUCUUCCUCGACACAUGGCAGCUGUUCACGACAGUCGUAUCCCCCGAUCAGGGUUGGCACAUUGACGCGAAUGGAGCGGCAUGGACCGUGGUCGGCGUGCUGAACUUCACAUGGCUGGCGGACCUGGGCUACACGGCUUACGUGGCAGUGCUCUACUGCAUGGUGGCUUUGCUGGCAAUUAACGUGGGCAUGUGCGUGUGGGUGGCCUGGUGCUUCAAGGAGCACAAGUUCCCUGUUGUGUGGCCCAUUAAGGUUCUCCGUGUCUUCAGCAGCGUGUUUUUCCAGGCGUUCGAUGUGGCAUCGCUGAACCUGCUGCAGCUUGGAUUUACCUGCCGCUUCACUGGCCCGACAAAGCCACAUCUUCAUUUCGCUCUUUUUCCCGAGUACAGCUGCGCGAAGGCGCCACACAUCCUGCACGCCAUCGUGUCCGGGCUGUGCCUGGUGCUGUUCGUGGCCAUUGCGCUGCUGCUCAACAUGGCGGAGGUCGAGGUCAACCUCAAGUCGCGACGCCCGCUGGCCCUUGGUCACAGUGGGGCGGAGGUGACGGCAUUCGCCAUUAAGGUGUUGCUCACCCUCGUAAACGUCGUCUUUGGCUGGAAGCGUGUGGCCGCUUGUUUCUACCUGGUCCUCGCACUGGCUCUAGCCUACCAGUACCUGCGCUGGAACCCAAACCUGGUGGCUUGGAUGAACUACCUCAAGGCCGGUGGUGUUGUGGCGAUCGUUUGGUGCACCAUCAUCGGUGUCUUCCUGGUGUUUGAGCCAGGGGUUAAGGACGAUGGCGUGGACAAAUUUCAGCUCAACAUGACGAUAACAAUGCUGGCUGGACUCGCGCCUGCGUUUGGAGCUGGCGCGCUGAUGUCAUGGGCCAUCCUCCGGCACAUGACAGCAGUGACGCUGAAGGCCUUGGCGAACGCCAAGCCCGAGAUGCCCCUCGAGGAAAUAUGUGACAACCUGGAUGAACCGCGGGAUGUCGAGAUUGUCGCCAGGUGCUGCCGCGUAUGGAAGGACCGCCAUACGCUAGAACCGGACGCUGUAAAUAAGGCCCACCACGUCAUUAAGGCUGGUAUGGCUAUGUUUCCUAGCAGCGCCUACAUGCACCUGCUGCAUGCGAACUUCAUGAUCGACGUGCUGGGGGUGGCACAGAGCGGGAGUAGCCGAUUAGAGGAUGCAAGGAAACUUAACCCGGGUCUCAUGAGCCGAUUUGUUAUGUUUGUGCGGCAACAGCAAGCCACGCAAAAAGAUGCUGGCAAGAAUGCAACGGACGGAGCGAGCAUGGAUCUGCUGGGCUACGUGGAGUACCAGCGAAAGCAGCGCAUGGUGGUACGACUGCAUCGAGAUGCUCUGCAAGCGAUGUGCAAUUUUUGGAAAGCGCUCGACGCGCAUACUGUUUCCUUCACUCACCUCAGCAAGGCUUUGGCCAAGAUCGACACCUCAGUCUCGGAGGCUCAGGCGGCGUACCGUGUCGUGCUCGAAAGCUACUCCAGCAACCCCAAGCUUGUGCGUUUGUAUGGCAAGUUCUUACAAACCAUUAAGAACGACCCAUGGGGCGCGUCCGAAUAUUUUGCGGACGCUGAGAGGCUUGAGGAGGCCAAGAACGGCGAUAACGGUGGUCCGCUGCUACCAGACGGCACUCCGCUGGGCCGCAUGGACGAGAUGGACGUGGCGGUGCUGGUGCUCAACUCCACGGGAGAGAUCCAGAUGGCCAACCGACAAACCCACACCCUCUUUGGUUACAAGCGAGGCAACCUGGAGGGAAAGCCUAUGUCCAGUCUGCUGGCUCCGCACUUUGGCCGGCGCCUGGGGGAUGAGCUGUCGGGCCUGGUCUCGACCUCGGGGAUGGCGGCCGCCCUGGAUGACGAGGAGGGCGAGAUCACACGAAACGAUGUGGUGCUGGGCAUGCACUGCGAGCGGCUGGCCUUCCCGGUGAAGCUGACCCUGCGCAGAGCCUCGGGCAUUGGCGAAGACUCCACGAUUAUCGCGCUUAUGGAAUCUGUGCCGCCAUUGAAAGGCGUAGCAAGCCUCUGGGUGGCACCCAGCGGCACAAUUGCAGCCUGCGACCCACAGUUCGUCGCCAACUUUGGGUGGAAAGCCACGGAGGUUAACGGUGCCACCAUAACGGCGCUCUUGUCCGUUCGGUUUCCCAGCGACAGCGAGGGGGCCGGGCCCUCCACGACACGCAUCACGCAGAGCGCCAGCGAGACUAUGAGGAAGCUGCUAUCCACGUCCAAAGUGGGCUCUCAGGACGGCAGCAAUGAGCACGGCCUCUCAUGCAUGGUGGCGCAUAAGUACGAUAACAUGCCUACACCUUGCACCAUCUGCGUAGUUGAGUCAGACAUUGCGGACACGCCUGUGUACGAAUUGCGGAUAAAGCUGGUGGCCUCGGAUCCCACUGAGCUCUUGGCGGUGAACCGCAAGGGCGUCGUCCUGCACGCGACGCUGCAGCUUGCAGUCAACCUGAAGGACGCGGUCGGGGCCGCUGCGCGUGGAAACCUGCUGGGCAACCACCCGCAUCACCAUGACGCUGAGGGCGAGCUCGUGCACCACCACCACCAUGCGACCAUGGGGGCCUUUGCGCCCGCAUCGGACCUGCUGGAAGGAUACACGCUGCAUGACUUCAUGCCGCCGCCGUGGAAGGACAUGCACGUCAAGUACCUCAAGGAGAUCACCGCAAUGAGCGCGCCUGGUCGCGGUCAGUGGACGUGCCGUAAGGCCGGCGGGCCUGGGACCACAAUGGAGCUGCGGACCAGUACCGGCAAGACCACCUACAUGCAAGUUGCUGUCACGACUAGCGAGAUCGGAGGCGAGAUGACGCACGUUGUCCGCGUGGCCAGGUCUUCCCUUGAGGCCGCGCUGGACGAGCGCCGCCUACGGCUGAGCAUCUCAGAGGAGGGCCUGAUUGAGGGCGUUAGCAAGGGUGCAUCCAGCCAGCUCUUUGGCUUUGACCCUAACAAGGUUGUGGGGCGCGGAAUAUGGGAGAUCUUGGAGGACGUGGCGUCUUCGGAUGGAGGGGCAAGGCUUUCUACCCCCGGGCCGCGCAUGAUUACGUCGCUUGUAAACAAGGCGAUGUCGAACCCUGGGUGCAGCUGGAGGGUGCGUGUGGGGCCGCCGGCCAAGGGGAGCUCCCGCACAGCAUCGGAGCUCACUGCGGCUGCCCGCGCCACACUAAAGAAACCGGCCGUCCUGCAGGUCAUGGUAGAGGUCCCUGCAGGCGACGAUGAGGACGCCGUCCCCGUCGUGUACGUGGACUUGUGGCCGACUACCAGCGUCACGGGAGUGGUGGAGCUGGAUGCCUCAGGCCGCAUGAAUGCAGUGCUUGAGGAGGGCACAAGACCCGCGGGUCUGCUGUUCGGCGUGCCCACACAGUCGCUGGUUGGCAGCAUGUUCAGCGGACUGGUCACGCUGCCGCCUGGUCGCAGCAACCCCAGCGACCUAUUGACGUUGAGUGGUGCGAAGAAGAGCAGCCUCAAGACAACCAAAAAGGAAGCAAGCGUAAAAGUUGGCCCACUGCACGUGCUGCAGGCCGCCCACUCGGACGGGCGGCCGCUGGUCCUGGACGUGCAGAUGGUGGGCAGGCCGGGACCCAACCAGCCGGUCACCGCCAUACUGCGAAUGCACGCGGCGCCCAUGAUGCCGGCGGGCACCGCGGGAGCAGCAGCCAUGCCGCCCCCUGCUUCCGUAGCGAACCCUGCGUCGACCAACGUCGUUACCUUGAAUCGUACAAUCACUCGGACUACCACUGGUGGCCUGGGUGCCGACACCGGCGAAACCCGCGUGCGUGGCAUCAAGCUACCGCCGCCAUCACCCGUCAAGCAGCCUCCAAAGCUGCUGCUGGAUGCAGACGACGGAGUCGACGAGGCUGACGUGGACGCCAAGGACGAAUGGGAUGAUCUGGAUGUCGAUAUCGGGCGUUCAAUAUCCAAGACCAGCGCCAAGGUCUCUACACCUGUCACCAAGUCCAGCGCAAUCGUUACGGGUUACUCUAACGCAAAGGAGGCAUCCGGUGCGGUAGCUGUCAUCCCUGCUCCCAUGGACUCAGCAGGCGCCGCGGAUCCGGCAGCGAAGCUUGCGGACGUGGCUGCGGACGCGCCUGCUGCCGAGGAGGAUGACGUCCAAGAUCUGCAGCAGGACGUGCCUGAAGUGGCGCCGGCGCCCGCUGCGAAGGGCGAGCUGCCCGGCCGCAACAAGCUGGCAGACCUGGUGAAGUCCGUGGAGGAGCGGGGCGGGCAGGAGUCAGCUGGGGAGUUGAGGAAGCUGCGGUUAGCAGCGAGCGGCCACCACGCCAAGCCGCGGUCGCCGGCUCCUCCUCAUGUGGCGCUACCUGGCGACCCGGUGUUGCCUGGAGUCCCCGGAGGAGGUGCAACUGCAGCCCUGGCGAGGCACAUUGACGAUAUGGAGGAAUUGCUGAAGACCGGGGAAAAGAAAGGUGUCCCGGAGCCUCCUGCAAAGGUUGACGUCCAGUCCGUUGCGGACAGCGAGACGAAAAGCGAGGGAGGCGGGGGUCUUAACCUAGCUGGUGUGCAGCGGGUCUCGGCUUGGGUGGCCAGCAAAGGUGCCUUCUACCAGAACACGGUUGCAGCACCCGUUGAGAGCGACGACGAGAAGCGCAGCGAGGACAUCAUGGACAGUGUGCCCAUCUCCGAUCCGGCGCCCGCUAAACGCGGACGCCCGACGUCGCCCAGACCGUUGCUAGGCGAGAGCAAAGGCCCGGCCGUGUUCGGCCUGCGCAACGCCCCUGAGGAACCCGUGGGAAACUAUCACGACGACGACGCGGCGAGCGAGGGUGGCCAGAGUGCCAUGUCCGGGCAAUCCGGGAACGGCGGUGCGGAGUACAAACGUGGCAAGAGGUACCGCAAGCUCGUCAAGUUGAUGGACUCCAGCCAGGCACAGCAGGUCCAGCAGAAGUUCCGCAGGCACGCUCUUGCGACCGUGGCUCUGCUAGGUGUCACCCACGUCAUCUGCUUUUCGCUCACCAUCACCGCCAUCCAGUCUCAGCGGGACCGCAUGCUACAGCUCAGCCGGAACGGACAGGCCCAGCGCUACAUCCAGGAGAUCAUGACAGAUGUGCGUUCCUUGGACGUCAUCUCAAGGAACAAGACGCUCCCAAAUUUGUACACACCCGACCAGGCGGCGGCAUUUGCGUCGCGCAUAUCAACAAACGCGGAAAACGUAAAGACGCGCUUCAACGAUAUCCUUGAUGGACACCAUACCAGCAACUCGGAAGUACUCAACCUGCUCUAUUACACGCAGCGUACGGUCUGGGGCGGCAACGACCUGGACGGCUCAGACAUAUGGACCAACCUCACUGUUUGGGACUUCGCGACACGUUUUUUCUCAAUGGCUAAAACUGUCGAGCAGCACUAUGCAGAGUGGCUCAAUCAAAGCGUGCCGAUCGCCAAUACGGUUCCUGGACAAUUCAUCCUGAAGAGUGGACCCAACCUCUUCGGCGACUCGGCACUGAUCCUUAACGCUCUCCUGCGCUCGGCCCUUGUGAACGUGGAGUGGAUCGACACGCUGCAGUUGGUCUUCCUCGCUGUGGAGGGUGCGGCAAUCAGCUUCAUUUGCGGAAUCUACCUGGCCUACCUGCUCCGAGCUGUGGCCGCCCAGCGUUACAAGCUGUACGGCACCUUCUUGGUCAUUCCAGUGGGCCUCACUCGCGCCCUGGCUUCGCAGAACACCAAUCUCGUAGUGGACGACGACGACGACGAGUCUUCGGAUGAGGAAGAAGAGCGGCCACAGCCAACCGUACAAGAAGACCAACAAGACGACGACGGUGGGACGAAAACGAAGCGUCACGCGACAUUGAGGAUUGCGCAGGAUGUCGGCAUAGGUGGGGACACAGUUUACGGAGCUCGCAGCAAGCCUACGGGCCGUCCCAGCCUGGGUUUCGGCAGCACGCCCACUGCUGACGCCCACAUGCCAAGCGGCGCUGACGCUAAAGGCGCGUACGACAAGUCGCGGGUGUUUUCCCCGACUGCCGACAGCUCGUUCGACUUGCAUGGGACGCGCAAUGGCUGCUGGGGGCGGUCCGUGCAGUGGCUUCGGCGCAUGUUGAGCAGGCGGAACCGCUCCGUGUCGCCGCUUCCUCAGUCCAUGGCCGGCAUAGGCAACUCGCUCAUGUCACACCACCACAAGCGCAACCUGCGGGACGACUCCCACGAGACGGCCACACUGCUGCUACCCCUCUCGAUGUGGUCGGUGCUGGUGAUCGCCAUAUACGCUGUCGCCGUGGCCCGGAUGAAGGGCGUCAUGGAUGUGGUGGCGAUCCACUCUGUUGCGAACUUCAUGUCCGCCAGGACCUACAGAGCGGUGUUCUUCUGCCAGGAGCUGGCUGCACUUGAGGACGCCUCGCAGCUCCUCGCGCGCCGGGACAACAUCACGACGGCUAUGAAGCUGGUUAGGGACGCCUGGUACACACUACAGCUCGGAGACGAGGCCUAUAAGGCUAACGGCCCCGACACGGAGCGUUUCCCGAUGGUCAAGGCCGGGCUAUCGUACGCCUCUCAGGAGCUUCGGGACCUCUUUUACAGCAACGGCAACUGCCAUCGACAAGAUGAGGACCUGCCUUGCCCGGGCCCUGAGUACCGCUACUACCAGAUCUCCCACACCGGCCUUGACAGCAUCAUGCAGCAGUUCAUAGUCAGCACCACCAACAUGGCGACCAACAAGAGCAUGAUUCCAGAGGGCCUUGCGGAUGAUGACUUCGAUUUUGUUUACAACGUUGCAGCAAAGGACCUGGUGGGCGGAACUGUCCAAGUCGAGGGGGCGCACUACAAGACGAUUACGCGGGUUUUCACAAGUGUCAUGGUCCUCCAUAUCGUCUUGUUGCUGCUACUGUUCCUCAUCUUCUCCGCCUUCCUGGUAUUCCUGCUCAACCCGCUCCUUAAGCGAAUUACGAAGGAGCGGCGGCGCAUCGCUGAGUUGAUGAGCCAGCUGCCCCUGGAGCUGGAUGUGGAGAAGCUGGUGGCGAGGGCGCUGGAUACGGCCAACCUUACGGCAGCCAUGACCUCUGUGGGCCCAGCAGGCUCCAUGGCGCCUGGCCAGGACCCCAGCGUCGGGCCGGCGGGGCACAGCGCCAUCAGUGUUGGCCCAGGAGCUAGCGUCGGUGCUGCAGAUGCAGGCACGCAGGACAUCCAUGGCGGGAUGGACGCUGUGGCCAAGUGGAAGGCAAUUAUAAGGUCCGCGAGCUCCCUAGCUGGCAAGCAGAGCAUGCGGAGGCCCUCGGCAGCAGGGAUGUUGCCGGCGCCGUCUCGGUAGAGGAGGCUGCUUUCCCUGGUGUGCUGGCGCUGUGCGCCCGGUAUUGCUAGGUGUUCUCUCUAGGUGCAUGAGUGCAAGCCCAUGUGUAGGCUUGGGGCACUCGGUACCAGUUGGCUCCGCAUGUGACCGACAGUAUGAGAGCAGCCGGCUAGUACUCUUGAGCGGCUAGCUGCUGCGGGGCGUUGUGGCUUUUGCAUGCAGCUUGUCCACUGCCUGCUGUGAUAGCUCCCGGCCAGCCACUGCUUUGGUUUUGGCUGCUUAAAGGCCGCAACAGCGCCUGACAGCUUCCAAUCUCCCGUACAUCAUGUUCCUGGGGUCGCCCGAUACCAUGAGUGCGAGAGGCUGUUGUUAACAUGGUAUUGGUGAUAAGCGCAGCUAGGCGCCAGGUGCCGUCUCAAGUGUGGGUGGGGAGGACUUGCGCCUUAGCUUUUGCCUCGUCUUGCGUUGUACGUUGGGGUGGCUGUGCCUGCACCCCACGUGCUUUCCUGAAACUGAAAAUACUAUUCGAAAUGCCCCAGCGGUCAUGUUCCUGUGGGGGGUCAGGUAACGUCAAGAGGAGUGCGCCUGUCCUGUCUGUUCAUUCAAUCGUGUGGCUUGCGUGCGCGAGGGGUAAUGGCGAUGGCUGGGGGGGCACGUGAGGACAAUACACGCUAAAAUAUUAUAUGCCUUUCGUUGCUGCGUGCCAUAAUGUACAUAUGUUGCAUGUGGUUCACAGCUGCGUUCUUGCACCGUUUAUUCAAUGAAGUAGGGAAUGAGAAUGAAACAAUCAUUUUGUCUUGGCGCUGGUGGCUGACGUCUAGAACAACACCUGUUGUGGGUGUAUGUUGCAUUGAUAGGGCUUUGAGGAAGGAAGGCGAGCCGUAUUCCCAUGCGUGCCCUAGGUGAACUCUUACAAUUUUUGCCCUUUCAUACUGCAAUUGGUUUGCGUCGGGGUCGGGUGCGUGCUGUGUUUAUUGUUACUUUCUCACUGCUAACCUGCACAAAAGCACAAGACGUUUUGUGAACAAUAAAUAAACUCACCACCUAUUUCCCUCCAUUCUUACCUGGUAUAUCUGUGAACCUAGGUGAUGCGCGUAUGUUAUGGUUAUGCUAUUUGUGGGUGUUGUCACAGUUGGCACACCGAGAGAGGUGUGCCCCCUGUCGUCUGAGGUAACGUUUGCAACAAUGAACGGCUUUCGUUCUCUCCAAAUACGGUUUUGUGAUCCAAAGGGGGUUCAGAUGUUUCAACCCGGGAGGAUUGUCCUAGGGCUGAAACUGUUGAGGGGUUCGUAAAAGUGACACGGUG